GCGGUUCCAAGUGUACUAGUCUACUAAAUCGCUCACUCCCCUCUUCUCCUUUUCUUCUCCGCCUUGCUUUCAUGUCUCCGUCUCUUCCGAUCGCUCUUUGAGAAUGGGAUCAGAGGGAAACAUGAAGAAGAACUCAGUUGUGACACAAGUAAGCGUUGGUGGAUUUGGUGAUUUAACAACUGCAAAAGAGCUUACAGAUUACCUUGAAGAAGAAAUAGGACUCGUUUGGCGAUGCAGAUUAAAAACUUCCUGGACUCCUCCUGGCUCUUACCCUGAUUUCGAGAUCACUGACACUUCCAAAAUCCCCACUUUCGAUGGCUACAAGAGAGUUGAGCCUCAUGCUUUUGUCCAUUUCGCGGUCUCUGAGUCAGCAGGCCGCGCGAUGGACGCCGCGGGGCAGUCCAAGCUGAUUUUGAAUGGCCAGCCGUUGAAAGUCAGCUUGGGGCCUGAGAAUCCGUACACGCUUAACCAGAGAAGGAGAACGACGACGCCGUAUAAGUUGACUGGUGUUUCGCUUGAGAUUGGGACGUUGGUUUCGCGUGAUGAGUUUUUUGUUUCUUGGAGAGCUGAAGGUGUUGAUUUCCUUGUGGACCCUUUUGAUAAUACUUGCAGGUUUUGCUUCACGAAGAGCACUGCGUUCUCUUUGAAGGAUACGAUGAUGUAUGCUGUGAUGAACUGUGAUUAUAAGUUGGAGUUGUUGGUGAGAGAUAUAAGAACGGUUAAGCAGUAUAGAACUUUGGAUGGCUAUGUGAUGCUCUUGCAGCUGGCUUCUUCACCUCGUGUCUGGUACAGAACAGCUGAUGAUGAUAUAUAUGAAACUGUCCCUGUUGAUCUCUUGGAUGAUGAUGACCCUUGGAUCCGUACCACUGAUUUUACUCAAGCUGGGGCAAUUGGGCGGUGCCUUACGUAUCGAGUGCUCAUAUCUCCUCGUCAUGAGAAGAAAAUGACAACAGCAUUGGAGUAUCUAAGGGCAAGGAGAGUGCACGAGGAACGUGUGAGGUUUCCUCCGAGGAUUCGUGAUGAGCCUUGUUUUGGUGACCCUGUUUCAGAUCAUUUCUUCUGCAUUCACCACAAGGAAGGAGUCUCCUUUGAGAUCAUGUUCUUAGUAAAUGCGGUGCUGCACAGAGGGGUUUUUAACCAGUUUCAGUUGACUGAGCGCUUCUUUGAUCUUCUCAGAGACCAACCCAAGGAUGUCAAUAUAGCUUCUCUCAAGCAUCUUUGUACCUAUAAACGACCUGUUUUCGAUGCGUACAAGAGGCUGAAGCUUGUUCAAGAAUGGAUUCAGAAAAAUCCAAAGCUGUUAGGGAGUCAUGUACAGUCAGACGAUAUCUCUGAGAUCAGAAGGCUAGCGAUUACUCCAACCAGAGCUUAUUGCUUACCCCCAGAAGUUGAGCUCUCCAACAGGGUACUCAGGAAAUACAAAGCUGUGUCUGAUAGAUUCUUGCGUGUUACUUUCAUGGACGAAGGCAUGCAGACCAUGAAUUCAAAUGUUCUUUCUUACUUUGUUGCUCCUAUUGUGAAGGAUCUUACAUCAAGCUCUUUCUCUCAGAAGACCCACGUCUUUAAAAGAGUAAAGACAAUCCUAACCGAUGGGUUUAAACUAUGUGGUAGAAAAUACAGUUUUCUAGCAUUCUCGGCCAAUCAACUCAGAGACCGCUCUGCAUGGUUUUUCGCUGAAGACGGGAAAAUAAGAGUGUCAGAUAUAAAGACAUGGAUGGGGAAGUUCAAAGACAAAAAUGUGGCAAAAUGUGCUGCUAGAAUGGGCUUGUGCUUCUCCUCCACAUACGCCACUGUAGAUGUCAUGCCUGACGAGGUUGACACCGAGCUUCCAGAAAUUGAGAGAAACGGGUAUACUUUCUCUGAUGGGAUUGGAACAAUCACACCUGACCUCGCUUCCGAAAUAAUGGAGAAACUUAAGUUGGAUUCGCACUGCAGCCCUUGUGCUUAUCAAAUACGUUACGCUGGUUUCAAAGGAGUUGUUGCUCGUUGGCCAUCAAAAGAUGAUGGAAUCCGGUUAGCCCUUAGACACAGUAUGGACAAGUUCCAUUCUAAGCAUACAGUUUUGGAGAUCUGUUCCUGGACCAGGUUUCAACCUGGUUUCUUAAACCGACAGAUAAUUACCCUCCUUUCUGUACUAGGCGUUCCGGAUGAAAUAUUCUGGGACAUGCAGGAAACUAUGCUCUAUAAACUGAACCGCAUUCUUGAUGAUACCGAUGUGGCAUUUGAAGUUCUUACAGCAUCAUGUGCUGAACAGGGAAACACUGCAGCUAUCAUGCUAAGUGCUGGUUUCAAACCAAAAACCGAGCCACAUCUACGCGGAAUGUUGUCUUCAGUCAGGAUUGCACAACUCUGGGGUCUCAGGGAAAAAUCUCGUAUCUUUGUUACUUCAGGAAGGUGGCUAAUGGGUUGCCUAGAUGAAGCAGGGGUACUUGAACAAGGCCAAUGCUUUAUCCAAGUGUCAAAGCCGUCUAUAGAAAAUUGUUUCUCCAAACAUGGGUCUCGUUUUAAGGAGACGAAGACAGAUAUGCAAGUAGUGAAAGGUUAUGUAGCCAUUGCUAAGAAUCCUUGUCUUCACCCUGGGGAUGUGAGGAUUCUAGAAGCCGUUGAUAGACCUGAGCUGCAUCACAUGUAUGACUGCCUACUUUUUCCUCAGAAAGGAGAUAGGCCCCAUACAAACGAAGCUUCUGGCAGUGACCUUGAUGGCGACUUGUACUUUGUGGCUUGGGAUCAGAAACUCAUCCCUCCCAGCAAAAGAAGCUUUCCCGCCAUGGAAUAUACUGCAGCUGAAGAGUCGAGUAAGGGCCGCCCUGUCAACCACCAGGAUAUAAUAGAAUUCUUUGUAAAAAACAUGGCGAAUGAGCAUUUGGGUACAAUCUGCAAUGCACACGUCGUUCAUGCUGAUAGAAGUGAGUAUGGAGCCAUGGACGAAGAAUGUAUGCUACUUGCAGAGCUAGCUGCCACAGCAGUCGAUUUCCCAAAGACAGGGAAGCUGGUGACAAUGCCCUUCCACCUGAAACCAAAACUCUACCCUGAUUUCAUGGGAAAAGAAGAAUACCAAACUUACAGGUCGAAGAAGAUCCUGGGACGGCUUUACAGACGGGUCAAAGAAGUUUAUGACGAAGACGCAGAAGCUUCCUCAGAAGAAAACUCUAACCCAAGUGACAUCCCUUAUGACACUGAUCUUGAAAUACCAGGAUUUGAAGAUUUCAUCCCUGAGGCAUGGGGUCACAAAUGUUGUUACGACGGGCAGCUCAUUGGUCUUCUCGGGCAAUACAAGGUGCAGAAAGAGGAAGAGAUUGUGACGGGUCACAUCUGGUCCAUGCCUAAGUACACAAGCAAGAAACAAGGAGAACUGAAAGAAAGACUGAAGCAUUCUUAUAACUCCCUGAAGAAAGAGCUGAGAAAAGUAUUCGAGGAGACAAAACCGGAGGAUGAGAAUCUCAGCGAGGAGGAUAAGAACGUGAUGUAUGAGAAAAAGGCUUCAGCUUGGUACCAUGUCACUUACCAUCCCGAGUGGGUGAAGAAGUCUACAGAGCUGCAAGAACCUGAUGACUCGUCUGGUCAUGGAGUGAUGCUGAGCUUUGCUUGGAUUGCAGCUGAUUAUCUUGCGAGAAUUAAAGUCAGGUCAGGGGAAAUGGGAAAGAAUAUGGACUCGGCCAAACCUGUUGAUGCUUUGGCUAAGUUUCUGUCUCAACGUCUCUAAAAAGUUACGUUAGGAGCCGUAAGGCCACUCUGCCAUGUAUCUGUGGAGAUUCACAGAUACACUUCAAUGUUGAUUGGUAUUAUAUAGCUAGUUUGGAUGUGCUUUUGUGUUCUUAUGAAAACUCUCUGUGUGAUGGGUGAAACAAACUGCUUGCCCUUUACCAUCUACACUGGAUUUGCUUGUGGUUAUGUAUUUUGUGCAUCUUAUGUCGUCGAACGAAAAUUGGCUUGGCGUUUGUUUUUUUUUUGGAACUACCGCUUGGUGUUUGGUUUACCUUGCAAAAGAAGUGAAGAUGUGAAUGCUCA